AGUUGUGCGAAGCAGAAGGUAGUACACGAGACCCGCUGACCAGCGAGAUGACACCAGAAAGUGGAAACUUUGAGAAAUUUGACAACCUAACGAUUCUGCCACCGGCGGUGGACAGUAUCGAGAAGGAAAUCGAUCGAAUUAUCGAAACCGGAACACGGGAGCAUCCACUGCACGUGCUCGAUCUGGACGAUGUCGUCCAGAAGCAUCUGAACUGGUUGCGUACCAUGCCUCGCGUCACUCCGUUUUACGCCGUCAAGUGUAACGAUGAUCCAGCGAUCGUGGCCACGCUGGCACGGCUCGGUACUGGAUUCGAUUGUGCAUCGGAAGCUGAGAUACGUACCAUCCUGGGACUGGGUGUUGAACCGGAGCGGAUCCUGUUUGCUCAUCCCAUCAAAUCCCUUCCAGCGCUUGCCUUUGCACGAUCGCACGGCGUCAAGCGGAUGACGUUCGACAACGUGUGUGAACUGGAGAAGGUGGCCAAAGAGUACCCGGACGCGGAGUUAGUGCUACGUAUCCGGCACGAUGCCGAUCGUGUGUUGAUCCAGUUGGGCAAGAAGUUUGGAUGCGAUGCUCGCGGAGAUGGACUUCGAUUGAUGGAUCGUGCGGUCGAGCUCGGUGUGAAGGUGGUUGGCGUUAGCUUUCACGUUGGGUGUGGUAGUUUAGAUGCGGAUUGUUUCUAUCGUGCGAUCGAAUCCGCUCGGGUAGUGUUCGAUUACGCUCAAUCGAAGCUCGGUGUUCGGUUGGACCUGUUGGACAUUGGUGGAGGUUUCCCGGGAGAUAAUGAUAAACCGUUCCAACCGUAUGCUGAUGCGGUACAGAAGGGUCUAGAGGAAUUCUUCCCCAAUGCAGAGGAGGUGAACGUGAUUGCGGAACCUGGCCGAUAUUACGUUGGCUCCGCCGUCACACUCCUCUCGACCAUUCAAGGGAAAAAGGUGAUCUACGAUCCGGAGUCGGGAGAGCAGGAAAAAAUCGAACAGAUCAUGUACUACAUCAAUGAUGGUGUGUUUGGGACGCUGUUUGAUUGGUUGAGCUUACGCCAGAUCAAUGAUCUGCAUCGCGCCGUACCAUUGAUAAGACGUGAGCGUCGUAAUGAAGCCACCUUCCGGACCACGAUUUGGGGACCGACCUGUGACUCGACUGACAUCGUUUGCGAGGAUGUGGACUUCCCCGAGCACCAAAUCGGGGACUAUAUCGUGUUCGACAAUCUCGGUGCGUACGGAAUGACCUUUGCCACCAACUUUAACGGGUUCCCCAAGCCUACUGUGCAAGUUUAUGUCAGUGAGCGUACUUGGACCAUGCUGCAACAGAUCAACGACAAGAACUGGAAGCAAAAAACGCUGUCCUUCCUCGAGAGCACUUGCCAGCAGAUCCGGAAUUGACUCGAGCGCAACUGGAUUCUCGAGAGCCUGGCCACAGUGACAGUCCCGUGUGUAUUGCACCACCAAAUAAAGCUACCACUCAAAACGAA